AACCCAUUGGCGGGAGAAAACAUGUAAUCCCUCACUUUUCACUCUAGAAAAACAAAUUAAUUUUCUUAGCAACAGUUCCAUAUAAUUUAUUUGCAUUUCACUUUCUCCUCCUCCAUUAAAAUCGCCCAAAACAGAAAAGGAUAUUUGAAAAACUCUAUAGUUUGUGGCAACCCAUAAAUUUAUCUCACGCAGAAAUGUUGUUUCUAGCUUGAGAGUUAAUAUUCCGCAACCCCAGAUCUCACACCGUCCUUUUGCUUCGCUUGCUCUCUCUGUUAAAGAAAGAUCUCCUCCCGUUUGCAUUAGGGUUUUGCUUUAGCACAAACAAUUCUAAUGGCGGACCCCUCGAAGAUGGUCAUCGACGUCGACGCUGAGCCCUAUACUAAUGACCAACAUCCGCCCAGGAAAACCCUCAAACGAAAGCGACCGUCUUCAACCUCAACGCCACUACCCUUCAACUUAACGAUUGACCAGAAGACAGCACAAAUCGAAGCCCUUAACAAAGAACUUGAAGGUCUUUUUGGGUAUUACAAACAAGUAGUGAAUCGGAAAAUGGGGUUUGAAUUUUCUUUAGAUUUGAGAGGAAAUGACUGUAAUACGCUGAAUGGGAUGGUGGGUUUGUUGAUGGAGGAGAGCAACUUGCCUCUAUCGAAAUUGGUGGAGAUGAUUUAUAGAAAGUUGGCGGGGGAGCGACUGAAGGAAAAUGUCAGUGUCACUGUGGCGGUGGUUAAGAGUGCAGUGUUGUUUGUAGGGCAAAGAGUGAUGUACGGAGUGCCCAAUGUGGAUGCUGAUGUUUUGGAGGAUGAUAAUCAGUCUUGUCUCUGGUGUUGGGAGACUAGAGAUCUAAAGCUGAUGCCAAAGUAUGUGCGUGGUGCAUUGACAAUUAGGCGAAUGUGUAGGAAAAAGAUCCAUGAGAGAAUUAGUGCUGUUUAUGCUAUGCUAUCUGCGUUGCAAAAGUCAGAUAGUGAUCAUACUUGCAGAACUGAUUUGAUGAAAGCAUCAGAAAAGCUUGGUAAAGUGUUGCAUGAAGCAGAUAUACGUUUGUUAGUGGAUAAUAUGUUGCAGAAGCAUGGUGCAGAGAUGGCUGAUAAGGAAGCAAAACGAGAGCAGAAAUUGCUCAUCAAGCAACUGGAGAAAAGUAAAAAAGAAGCUGAGAAGGAAAAGCGGCAAACUGAAAAAGAGCAGAAGCGAUUGCAGGAGGAGGCAGACAAGGAUGAAAAACGUCGUGAAAAAGAGGAGUCUGAAAUGAGGAGGCAACUAAGAAAGCAGCAAGAGGAAGCUGACAAAGAACAAAGGCGUAGAGAGAAGGAGGAAGCUGAACUAAAAAAGAGAAUUGCUAUACAGAAGCAAGCUUCAAUCAUGGAACGCUUCCUAAAGAGAAGCAAAAGUGCUUCACCAUGUCAAAGCGACAAGGCGUCAACUGAGUUGCCGACAUCUGACUCGACAAGCAAGUAUAGUGCAAAAAUGCCAGGAGCAGUUACUGUAACAAUGGAUUGUAGUCUUUCAUCAAAUGAUAAUCUUAGAUUUGAUGAUAUUCGAAAGUUGCACUUAUCUUCAUGGAAACAAUUAGGUCAUGCUAUUCGUUCAAAUAAAAAACAGCAUUGGAGCAUCCGUCAAAAGCCUAAGAUUGAAUUGUUUAAGGAACUUAAGCUAACUGCUACAAGGGAACUUGCUCAUGAUGACGGAAGUGUAGAGAAGCUUGUAAGCAGAUGGGGAGAACAGUCUUUUGAUGAUAGAUCAUUUGAAACUAAUGUAGAGAGUUCUCCUGACUGUAAGAAGUGGAUACGGAGGAAGCAGUUCUUGCAGUUUGAUAAGAGUUAUAGACCUGCAUUUUUUGGCAUUUGGCCUAAGAAAAGUAAUGUCAUUGGACCUCGCCACCCUUUUAGAAAAGACCCACACUUGGAUUAUGAUAUUGACAGUGAUGAAGAAUGGGAAGAGGAGGAUCCUGGUGAGAGCCUCUCAGAUUGUGACAAGGAUGAUGAAGAACAAAGUUUAGAGGAAGGAUGUUCAAAAGAUGAUGAAGAAGAAAGUGAAGAUGGCUUUUUUGUACCUGAUGGGUAUCUCUCGGAAAAUGAGGGAGUACAACUUGAAAGAACGGAAACUGAUCUAUUAGUGGAGGGCAGAGGAUCACAAAAUUACAAGCAAGAUUUGCAGAAUGAGGAAUUCUGUACAUUGCUUCAACAGCAAAAGUAUCUGAACAACUUAACUGAGACUGCGCUUCGGAAAAACCAGCCGUUGAUUAUACUAAAUCUAAUGCAUGAGAAGGUCCCCUUAUUAUUUGCCGAAGAUUUAACUGGUACUGAAAAAUUAGAAAAGAUGUGUUUGGAAGCUCUUAGCAUGCGUGCUUUCCCUGGUGGACUGCCUAUGGAAAUAUCAACGGUAAACAUACAAGCUGAAGAUCAAGAUGUUUAUGGUUCAAGUGGCAAGGCCGUUAGUACACAUAUCUCAACUUCAACUAUACAAGAAUCAGAUAUACCUAUAAUUGUAUCUGCCAUUCAGUCUUGCUCGCAUAGUAUCAAUAAAGUGGUAGAAUCCUUGCAGCAGAAAUUUCCCACUGUACCAAAGUCUCAAUUAAGAAGUAAAGUUCGUGAGAUAUCUGAUUUUGUGGACAAUCAAUGGCAGGUGAAGAAAGAAAUUCUGGAUGAGGUUGGCAUAUCAAUAUCACCAGCAAAGGGAGGGAGAGGGAUGCAAAAUAUUUCCACAUUUUUCUCAAAGAGAUGCUUGCCUCCAGCUGGUAAAAGUAUGAAUCCCAAUGAGAGUUCUCCUCAGUCUUCUCUAAAAUCUGGUUCUGCAGUGGAGGGGCAGCAGGCUUUCACAUGCUCUCACCUGUAGCCUUUCUUUUUUAUGCUGUUACCUCUCUCUGCUUAAAUCCCAAUAGGGUGUAAUUACAAAUCUCUCAUAAUUUCAAAUUUUAUAAAUUUUGUUCUGAAUCACUGAGAUGAAUCAGAUGGCUGACAGCUCUCGUAAAAAGAUAUUACAUGAAUGGUUUAGGAUAGAUUAAACUAGCCUGCAUUUUAUUUUAUCUUUUAAUGUUCUCAUCAAGUAAUGGAAUUCAGAUUCACACUGCAAUUCAAUUACAUUGGAUUUA